AUGAGAAGCAAAUCCAUCUUAGCUGGUGCCGUUAAUGUUCCAAUUGAACCAACAUCAAAUGUUGACUCACGAACGACAAACAAUAUUGUCAUAAAGAACUAUAGUUCGGAGUGUUUGAAAGAAAAAGAACCAGAACUUAAGUCGGUGAAUUUAAACUCAGCUUCAAACGCUAACGCUAACGCUACAUCAGAUGUUAAGUUAGAGUAUCCACCACUGGACCAAAUUCUUUCAAGAGAAGCCAACGACAACCCUUACACAAAUGUUCAAACAAAUCCUUCAGAUAACGUAGACCAUUACCUUCUUCAGUUAUACCAAACAAUUUUACUCAAAGACGAUAAGAAGCUUUUGACAAAUCUUAUAAGCAAGAACCAAAUAAUUCUAACAAAGGAGGACCUUGAAAAUGUUAUCUCACGAAUAACAGGGAAACAAUGUGUCAUUGACUAUCUCGACCCUGAAAUCGAAUGCUGUGGUCAAACUCCACUAUUCAUGAAAAUAGGUAACAUCCGCAUCAUUGAAACACCAGGAACUACAGGAGUUGAGUUUAAGUAUAGAUAUUCGAACGAGUAUAAAAAACUAUCUACUGACUAUAAGCUUUGUUUGAAAUAUGUUUUAGUAAAUUAA